AUGAUAAACACGGUUCGCCGAGAUAGCGCCUUUGUUGUAAUUGGUGCAUUUUACAUCAUAAUUAUGGCAGUAUCCAUACCAGCAAAUAUUUUAAUUUUAUUAGCCAUGGGAUUAAAUAAAAAAUUACAGACACCGAUCAAUAUAUUAGUUGGUAAUCUGUCAGUGGCUGGUUUAGCCAUUGCUAUUUUGCGGAUGCCUUUUAAAAUCUAUGAAUUAUUUAAUCCAGAUGCAAGUUUUAUUUUACCAACAUCGUUUGCUAUGUGUCGUUUCCAACAGAUAUUGCCUGCUGCUAGUGUUUUAUGUAUAUCAAUUACGCUAACAACAAUUUGUGUUGAUCGUUAUCUUGCUAUUAUGUAUCCUAUGAAACAAUAUUUAAAAAUGACUCUUACGCGCGUGUAUAUCUUUUUACCAAUCAGCUGGGGAGUUUCAUUUGCUUGCUUUGGUCCAUAUGCAAGUAUUAUGACGUUGCAGACAAUUAAUGAUCGUGUCUACUGUUUUCCAAUCUAUCCUAAAUCACCAGCAGAUAUUAAUAUUACUAAUAGCGAUGGUGAUUUUGUACGAUUAAUCACGGCAUCUAAUAUUGUUUUAUGGGGCUUAUUUAUUCCAAUUGCCUUCUUGAUUCCAUCGAUUAUUAUGGCAACGUUAUAUUUCAUUAUUGUACGGCAUUUAUGGUACGGUGAGGCUCCUGGUGAUAAAGUUAAAACUGUUAUAGUCAAGGAAAGAGCUAUAAGACAAAAGCAAAAACAGCGCGUUGUUAAACUCUUAAUUAUAUGCUGCUUAAUCUUUAUUCUAACUAAUCUUCCAUAUUACGCGGUAUUCAUGUUACUCGACUUUGGAUUUCUCCAAAUCCCCAGAUCAGAUACAACAAUUGUGACCAAUUCAUUAAUUAUAAUCAAUUUAUCAGCUGUAGCCUAUAAUCCAAUUAUUUAUGGUUAUUUCAAUCGUAGCAUCAAGAAAGCUGUUGAUAAUUUGCUACGCCGCAUUCAGUGCAAACCGCCUAUUGAGGAGCAUAACUUUGUUGAUGUCACAUGUGUUACAAGAGUGCCAAAUGGCCAUGAUGGCACAUCAUACUUGAAAAGUGCUGCGUACCAUAUCAAAUCUACCAAUUAA